CUGCCUGAGAACGUGAAAGACACGGCCGACAACUCGCCAUUUGUGAUCUCAGUGCUGCUGAUGUGGCACGUCGAAGCGUACGGCUUCACCAUGUCUUUCAACCGCGACAGCGAAGGGACAUACCAGGAUGAUCUGGAAGACGCUACGAUGGCUUCUGGCCAGAGCAGUAAGGACAGACCUGUGAGGAACGCUGGACAGUCCAGCCACGAGAGGCGCAAGAACGAGAAGCAAGCAGAGAAACAGAAUUGA